UCUUAGAGCCUUUUUCUCUAAUUUCUUAUAUUCUAGGUCGUCUACCUCCGGUUUUAUUAAUUUCGGGUUCUUACUUUUCUAAUAUUACUUUUUCACUACUAACGGUAGAAUCUCAAUCGAGCCUAGCCCCGCUGUAAGGUGGGCUCAUCAUCACACGUUUCUACCCCGCGUCCUCGAGCUACACGCGAGACGAGCUCACUAUGCAAACACAAUUCCCGAUGCGCGAAACAGAGCCCCGCCUGCAUUCCAGUCCAUGUGCUCCAAUCCCGCCGCACUCUACGUUAGUGUGGAAGCACGCCAUAUUGCACUUCAAGUCUACACUGUAGCCCUACCGCUCGCGCUAGAGCAGAAGAGUCUGGACCAUGAUCAGCCCGGCGAUCUUGUCCUUAGCGACCGCCGGGUCCUGUACGUCGCCCUGGACCGAGAUACCAUAGUUUUGUUGGGAGACGUGGCUACGGCAAGAGUGAUGCAACUGGUACACUGGUUCCGUCUUCAUGACCUUUCCGGCGGCUUACCGGUGGGGUUACGGCGCUUUUGUACGAGCGCGGGACAUUUCGCUCAUAACCACGGGGCGGCGAUGCUACGGAUCAUAGGACAGCAGCUGUUCUCCGACGUCGACUACUUCGCAUUGUCGAUUGGUAGUGCCGCUAUGGCGACGGCGCCUCCUGCCUCGUGGUCGGGCGGGCGAUGUUACCUGCGUGAGCUUCAAGAUCAGGUGGAGGCACAGGAGGAUAACGGGGAUUAUAGGGAAUUUCUGAACGGGAUAAGCCGGCAGUUCAGACAGGGGAAUGGUUGGAUGAGGAUAGGCAGAAACGAAAUGAGGAUUGUCAGUGUAUGUUUCGAGAACGGGUGGUAGAAAUAGUGGCAAGAAGACUAGAGGCAGUUCAAGGGCACAGCUGAAUCGCGCGAUGAACGCUGCAUGGGCCUUUAUCGUCCUGAAAUCACCUGCUUCGAAUAGUCGUGGGGACGGGAAAGGACGGCUUAGACACCACGACGGUAUUACAGGAAUGUCCGUGUGUAUCGGUGCUGCACUUUCACUGGAAGCGAAUCACCCUCGAUUAGAGGAGCUUACUUAUAAAUUCUACACCUCUUAUGACUUACAUAAACACUUUCGCCCACGGUAUCUUAACCGCUUGUCUAACGAUGCUUAGCCACGGUGUGAGGUGAAUGACUUGGAAUUAAAAUAUAAG